CCACUUUCGCAGACAGCUGGGCUGGGUGGUUCAAAAACUUCCAUUCGCAGUUUGCAUCUUCUCGCGUAUAUCAAUCUUCGCAGGGUCGAUGAUUCAAAAAUUUAAUAGCCUUAUCAAACAUUGACUGGUUGAUAGUGGCGAAAAUCAACCCGUAACAGGUGCCACUUUAGGGGUGCGAGAAGUUGAAACUCCAGCUAGGUGGCGCGCGGUAGUGAUUCAUUAGUGACCAACCAUCACCUCUAGGGAAUAAGCUACUGAGGAAGUGUCCAGAUCGUUGCAGCUCUCUUUUGGAAGAAGAAAAGGAAGCCUUUCAAAGGACCAUGAAUACGGGCCACUACGACACUACUAUCAUCACGACGGUCACGCAGAAGUUUCGUGACGGUGAAUCGAUACUUGCUAUUUUUGAAGGUUACCAAAUCGUCGGCAAUAGGCAUCAGAACCGGCUGCUAGUCAUCGUGAGUUCCAACUACACAUCGGCUCUGUUUACUUUUUCUAUCGCACGGUAUCCACCAGAAAGCAUAUCAGACCUCACGAUCGUGUCCGUUCAUCCUAUCGAUGAAGCAUUUUGGGUCAAUCCGGAAUCUGCUGCAGUCAGUUCCAUAUCCAGUCAUCAGUUCACGAUAUUCUCCCACAAUGAACCCACUGUGUAUUACUAUCAGGCCAGUCCGGAUACCAUCGCUUCACGGGACAAUUUCAUAGCGAAGCUAAAACAACUGAUUGCUGGUUACAAAAGUGCUUCCUCGCAGGCAGCUGCUGCUAGUGGUUCGUUAGAUUUCAAAUGGUUAGAAUACUACAAACGGGCCGACAUGCUGGCCAUUGAUCGGAACAUUGCCGACGGUAGCCAGGCCCCCAAGACCAGGGAUUCGAAGUUCAAAGAGGAGCUGGAACGACGUCGGCACGAGUACGUCGUGUAUGAACCAUAUAAAAUCUAUACCGCCACCUGGAACGUUAACGGCCAAACGGCUGAGGAUAUCGAACUGCCGGAGUGGUUGUCCACCACCGAAGAUCCACCGGAUAUCUAUGCGGUAGCGUUUCAGGAAAUCGAAUGGACUCCGGAAAAGAUUAUCAUGAACGAAACGAAGAUCGAUCGAACCUGGGUAAACAAAGUGAUGAGUGGAUUACACAGUGGAGCGGUCUAUGAAGAACUUGCCUCCGUACGUUUGGUAGGGAUGAUGCUAACAGUGGCCGUGAAGAAAUCACUUAGGGACCAGAUUUCAGAUUGUUUGACGGCAGCCGUGGGAACUGGAACUUUAAAAUGGGGCAACAAAGGCGGCGUCGGGGUCAGCUUCCAACUGAACGAGUCACUUCUAUGUUUCGUAAACGCUCAUCUGGCAGCCCACACGCAGGAGGUAGAUCGUCGCAAUGAAGAUCAUGACGAAAUCAUACGAAGGAUGUCUUUCGAGAAAACCUUCCGAGGAAGAUCCAUUGACGAGCAUCAUCACAUUUUUUGGAUCGGUGAUUUGAACUACCGACUUAACGGGGAGAUCUCUCAAGAAUUUGUAAACGAAAAAGACAGAGACUACAAUCAACUUUACCCGUACGAUCAACUGUAUUUGGAGAAGCUAAGAAAAAGGAUCUUCCGGGAGUACAAGGAAGGGAAAAUCCUGUUUGGACCGACGUAUAAAUACAAUCCCGGAACGGAUGACUGGGACAGUAGCGAGAAAAACCGUUGUCCUGCCUGGUGUGACCGGAUCCUGUGGAAAGGACCUCGGAUAGAUCUGUUAAAGUAUGAUAGCGUUAUGCAACUUAGAAAGAGCGAUCACAAACCGGUUUUUGCGGUUUUCAAUGUAAACAUUGAGACAAAAGAUGAAGAAAAGUUCAAAAAAGUACAUGAAGAAGUGUUGAAAACUGUCGAUAAGUAUGAAAACGAUAAUCAGCCACAGAUAACAGUGGAACAAACGGAUCUCGACUUUGGGCUCAUACGGUUCAAUGAAAAGUAUUCUCGGGAACUGUUGGUUGCCAAUAAUUGUCACCUUCCGGUACGGUUUAAAUUUGCCGCCAAAGAUGAACGACACAGUAACGUUUGCGAGGAAUUCAUCCAGAUCAGUCACAAAUCGGGGGAACUGAUAACCGGCAACAGCCUUAGCAUACGGAUAGAUAUUUUCGUAGAUGCCAAGGCAGCUUCUUGUAUGCUGAAAAAACUGAAGGAUGCUAAAGCAGGGGUGAAAAUUCCGCUAGACAUUCUCGUUUUGCAUGUCGAGAACGGACGGGAUAUUUUUAUCACCAUCUUCGGAGAGUACAAGUCCAGCUGCUUCGGAGUUUCACUGGAAACAUUGAUGAAACUGAACAAACCGAUCUACGAGUACGAGAUCAACGAAUUGAUAGCCCUGGAGAAGGAAGAAAAAUUGCUGGACCUAACGGAUGACGAAGAGCUUAAAAUUCCCCGGGAAAUCUGGCGGCUGGUGGAUUAUCUGUACAACAACGGCAUGGAAUCGUCGCAGCUGUUUACCCUGAAUCGAACGCAUUCCAAGCACGAAAACAUUCUGGAGAUUCGCGAUUGGCUGGACAGUUGGUCAUCGGAGGCGUUCCCUGGAGUACCGAAAACGGCGGCCGAAGCUUUGCUGCUGCUGCUGGAAUCGCUCCCGGAACCGGUGGUCACCAUCAGCGUUCACGAUUGCUACGUGUACGCGGACAACUACGAAAAGUGUCGGGAACUCAUCCGGACCAAGUUGAAACCCGUUCACCGGCUGGUGUUCCUGUACAUCUGUAUGUUUUUGAUCGAGCUGCGAAGGCGGAACCCUUCGAUUCGGCUGGAACAAUUGGCGGCUGUUUUCGGAAAGGCACUGAUACGCCCGACUCAACCGCCGGUGGCUAGAACUCCUGCCGGAAAUGAAGUUUACGCUUACACCGACGGCGAACGAGACCAGAGACGGAAGUUUAUGAUGACCUUCCUGAUGAGCAAAGUGCAAGAGUUCGCCAAAGCGGAAAUGAACGCCUCCGGAAAAUGAACCUUGGGGUUGAUGGGGAUUGUUAGGUGUAGGCCAUAGCUAUUGUUGGAUCAUAAGAGAACAUUAGAUGGUUAAAGAAAUCCGGAGUAACUUAAAGUUGAUCACCCGAACCUGCCGGAAGCGUACUUUGAGUUCUCCCAUCUAAACAUGGGAGAAUGUUUGUAUAAUCAAAUCCAAGCAAUAGGCAAAUUUUGUAGCUCUGCUUACAAAUUAAAAAUAAAUGGCAUGUAAUAUUCCCGCUAGUUGGUAGGAAAAGUGAAAUUUGUGCAACCAGAACAAUACAUGAAAUUUAUAUAGCAACUUUACGAACAUAAUUUGUAUUACGAGAUAGCUGAUACAGGAGUUAACGGCGGAUCCUUGAUAAACUUAUUAAGAAAAACAUAUUUUGAUCGUAUUUGUAAAUAUAUACAAACUUUUGUGCUGGAUUCAAUGUCAAUUUGUUUUCAUGUUAUUUUCUGUUAAGGUAUUUGAUCAGCCUCGUGCUAGAUUUUCGAAAGUCGACUCUGAAUGCAUUUCAAAACACGUCUUUAUAGAAGUUUACGUGUAUACAUGACGUAUAUAAAACCCUUACUUAAUUUAUUAAUUUGCAGUUUGCAAUAUUCAAAACGAAUGUCAAAGUAUUCAGCUAAAACGUCAAAAUAUAAGUUCAACAUUCCUUCACGAGAAGUCGUAUAUCCAACCGAGAAUGCUGGCAUAAACGUGAAAACAGAUCAACUGCGAAUUCAGUUUCAAACACUU